ACUUGGUUCUUCAUUGGAUGUCAUAGUUAAUAGAUGUAUAGAGAUAUAUCACACAAUUGAAUUGUACUACAAUCAAGACACUGAUAAGUGCUGAAAUUGUAACGGAUCAGAGUAGUUUAGUAAUCAACAAGUAAGAGUGAUAGAUAAUUUAAUAAGCAAAAUAAUUUUGUAAAAUAUGUAUUACGAGGAAAAUUCAAAGUCAAAUUGCAAUGACCAUGAUGCAAUGGUUGUUGAUUUUCGAAGUGAUACUUUAACAAAACCAACGAAGAAAAUGAGAGAAGCAAUGUUUAAUGCUGAAGUAGGAGAUGACGUUUUUGAUGAAGAUCCAACAGUAAAAAUAUUACAAGAGAAAGCUGCUAAAAUGGUUGGGAUGGAAGCUGCAUUAUUUGUAUCAUCUGGUACUAUGGGAAAUUUAAUUGCUAUAAUGAAUCACUGUAAUGUGCGGGGCUGUCAGGCAUUCUGUGGUGAAUCUGCUCAUUGUUUAUUACAUGAGCAGUGUGGUGCAUCCCAACUCGCAGGAGUAGGUCUACGGCCAUUACGAAAUAACGAUGAUGGCACGUUCAAUAUUCAUGAACUUGAGUCAAAACUUCAUAAAGAUAGAGAUCAUGAACCUAUUUCCAAACUGGUUCUUGUGGAGAAUACAUUAAAUGGAAAAAUUAUUCCACAAAAUUGGAUCAAGCAGCUAGUAUCAUUUUGCAAAGAACACAGUUUAAAAUUACAUAUGGAUGGAGCUAGAUUAUGGAACGCAUCCAUUGGAUCUAACAGACCAGCCAAAGAGAUUGUUUCUGGUUUUGAUUCUGUUAGCUUUUGUCUCAGCAAAGCUUUAGGUGCUCCUGCUGGUUCCCUUCUUUGUGGAAGUAAAGAAUUCAUCAUCAAUGCGAGAAGAGUGAGAAAAGUACUUGGUGGUGGUAUGAGACAAGUUGGUAUUCUAGCUGCAGCUGGACUUAUAGCUUUAGAAAAUAUUCCAGCUUUAAAAGAAGAUCAUAGAAGAGCCUCUAUUCUUGCUUCUUCAAUAAAUGAAAUGCAAUCAAAAGUAUUCUCUGUCGAUUUAAAUACUGUACAAACAAACAUGGUUUUUGUAAAAGUUGAUUCCAAUAUUGUUCCCGCAACGACAUUUGCUAAAUGUUUGCGAGAACACGAUGAUGACAAGAUUGUCGUGAAGUGUCUAGCUGUAAACAAUUGGAUAGCUAGAUUUGUAUUUUCUUUUGAAAUUACAGACGAUGAAUUAACAUUGGCUAUUAAGAAAAUUAAACGCGUUAUUUCACAAUUAGAUCCUAACCUAUAAUUGUUAUUGUUACGUGUAUCCGUAGUAAUAUGUUACUAUUGACUACAGAAUAACUGUAAUCAUUGGUAUUAGUAAAAAUGAUCUGUUAUUUAAACUGA